CACUGAACUCGCUUGGGGGUCAGUGCGCGUCGGUUCAGUCUGGUUCCGCUGCCACACUGACCACAUACAGUCAGUCAGCGAACCGCAGGUGUGACUUUACAGUGCCGCAUGUUCCCAGCCCACCACCCCGGAUUUUAAACGUGAUCUUUCUUUUAGUGUUUAUAGCAUUUUUACCAUGUUGUGGACGGCGAACACGAUCAUGAGGAAAUUCUCCUCGAGCUCUGCUUACUACCAAAAUAAGCUGAAGUUGGCCCUGAUUGGCCAGAGCUUGUUUGGACAGGAAGUGUACACAAACCUUCGCAAGCAGGGCCAUAAAGUGGUGGGCGUAUUCACAGUUCCUGAUAAGGACGGCAAGGCGGACCCCCUGGCGGUGGUGGCGGAGAAGGACGGGACGCCGGUGUUUAAGUUCCCACGGUGGCGGGUGAAGGGUAAGCCCAUCCCGGAGGUGGUGGAGGCGUACAAAGCGGUGGGCGCUGAGCUGAACGUCAUGCCCUUCUGCUCCCAGUUCAUUCCUAUGAAUGUGAUCGACUUCCCCAAACACGGAUCCAUCAUUUACCACCCCUCCAUCCUGCCCAGACACAGAGGAGCCUCUGCCAUCAACUGGACACUAAUCGAGGGUGAUAAGAAAGCAGGAUUUAGUAUAUUCUGGGCUGAUGAUGGUUUGGACACUGGACCCAUCCUACUGCAGAAGGAGUGUCCAGUAGAGCCCAACGAUACAGUGGACACACUUUAUAACCGCUUCCUGUUUCCAGAGGGCAUCAAGGCCAUGGUAGAAGCUGUACAGCUCAUUGCAGAUGGCAAAGCUCCCAAGAUCCCUCAGUCUGAAGAAGGAGCCAGCUAUGAAGGAAUCCAAAAGAAAUCCAAUGCUAAGGUGAAUAUGGCUCAGCCAGCAGAGGCCAUCCAUAACUGGAUCCGUGGUCAUGAUAAAGUUCCCGGUGCCUGGGUUGUCAUUGAUGGAAAGCCGGUAACGCUGUACAGCUCAUCCAUGCUGAGCGGGUCGGUGCCUGCAGGUCAGCCAAUAGAGGUGGAGGGGGCGUCUCAGCCUGGACUCAUUGCCAAAUCUGGGCUUGUCCUGUUCGGGUCUGAUGGAAAAGCGCUCCAGGUGAAGAACCUGCAGUUUGAGGAUGGAAAGAUGAUUCCUGCAUCCAAAUACUUCUCAUCAGAGGAGACCACCAGUUUGGAUCUCACAGACGAUGAGAAGAAAAUGGCAGAGGAGAUCAGGGCGAUAUGGAAAGGUAUCCUGAGUAAUGUUCCAGCUAUUGACGAAACAACCGAUUUCUUUAAGUCUGGAGCUGCUUCUAUGGAUGUAGUCAGAUUGGUGGAGGAGGUGAAGCAGAAAUGUGGAGAAGUUCAGCUUCAGAAUGAGGACGUCUACAUGGCCACCACCUUCCAGAGCUUCAUCCAGAUGUUCGUCCGACGCCUGCGCGGAGAAGACCAGGAGGAGGAGCUGGUCAUUGAUUAUGCGACAAAAGAUGUCAAUAACAUGACUGUAAAAAUGCCCUAUCAGUGUUUCAUCAAUGGCAAGUUCGAAGAUGCCGAAGAUGGAAAGACGUACAACACGGUGAACCCCACAGAUGGCUCGGUGAUCUGCAAGGUGUCAUAUGCGUCAGUGGCAGAUGUGGACAGAGCGGUUAGUGCAGCCAAAGAGGCCUUUUAUAACGGACCCUGGGGUAAAAUGAACCCUCGUGACCGUGGCCGGCUACUCUACCGUUUAGCUGACCUGAUGGAGGAACACCAGGAGGAGUUGGCCACUAUUGAGGCGAUUGACUCUGGUGCCGUUUAUACGCUGGCCUUGAAAACACACGUUGGCAUGUCCAUUCAGACCUUCAGAUACUUUGCUGGCUGGUGUGACAAGAUCCAGGGCUCAACGAUACCCAUCAAUCAGGCCAGACCCAAUCGCAACCUCACCUUUACAAAGAAAGAGCCUCUGGGCGUGUGUGCCAUAGUGAUUCCUUGGAACUACCCGCUUAUGAUGUUGGCGUGGAAGAGUGCAGCCUGUCUGGCGGCAGGAAACACACUCGUCUUAAAACCUGCUCAGGUAACCCCACUAACUGCACUAAAGUUUGCUGAAUUAACAGUCAAAGCUGGCAUUCCGAAAGGAGUCAUCAACAUUGUUCCAGGAUCAGGUGGUCUGGUCGGGCAGAGGAUGUCCGAUCAUCCUGAUAUCCGUAAGCUAGGUUUCACAGGCUCUACUCCCAUUGGCAAACAGAUCAUGAAAAGCUGUGCGGUCAGUAAUUUGAAGAAGGUGUCUCUGGAGCUGGGUGGUAAAUCUCCCCUCAUCAUCUUCAGCGACUGCGAUAUGGACAAAGCAGUGAGAAUGGGCAUGAGUUCUGUUUACUUCAACAAAGGAGAGAACUGUAUCGCUGCGGGCCGGCUGUUUGUUGAAGAGUCCAUCCAUGACGAGUACAUCAGGAGAGUGGUUGAGGAAAUCAAGAAGAUGAAGAUUGGAGAUCCUUUAGACCGCUCCACAGAUCACGGUCCUCAGAACCACAAGGCCCACCUGGACAAGCUGGUGGAGUACUGCGAGAUCGGCGUGAAGGAGGGAGCCACACUCAUCUACGGUGGGAGACAGGUGGACAGACCAGGUUUUUUUAUGGAGCCCACAGUCUUCACAGACGUAGAAGACCACAUGUUCAUCGCCAAAGAAGAGUCAUUUGGCCCCGUUAUGGUGGUAUCCAAAUUCAAAGAUGGUGAUGUAGAUGGAGUUCUGAGCAGAGCAAAUGACACCGAGUUUGGCCUGGCCUCUGGAGUCUUCACCCGUGACAUCAACAAGGCCAUGUACGUGAGUGAGAGACUGGAGGCGGGAACCGUGUUCGUCAACACCUACAACAAGACAGACGUGGCGGCUCCCUUUGGAGGCUUCAAACAGUCCGGGUUUGGGAAAGACCUUGGUGAGGAAGCCCUGCACGAGUACCUGCGGACUAAAGCUGUGACGGUGGAGUAUUAAAGGAAACCUGGGGCGGGAAAGACUGUAUGACCCGUGACUGCAUGGCCGAACUGUGGCUUGAAGAAGGUUUGAUAGGAAAUCUAGAGCAUUUCCUGCCAUGACUACACUGAUGUGCCUACAUUUUAUAUCACCCUUUUUUCUGGAAAUGUUUGGAGCAGGACAAAUGCUGGCUUGCCGGUCUACACUAGCGAACAACAUUUUUAAAAAUGGAAAAAAAAUGGCAAAAGACCUCCAAAUGGACCCAAGGACACAGGAUCAGCCACAAAUCAGAUCAAGUAUUAUUUUUAACUAGUAGACACUGAAGUAUCAUACUGACUGAGCUCAAGUGAAUGAUCAAAUUAAGCUCAUUUCUUUUAAGUUCUCAUGAUCUUCAGCGUUUCCUAACCAUGUUGCCAGUGACAAGCAAUUGUUCUACACACUCCGAACAUGAAACUCUUGUUUCCACAGAAAUAGAAACCAAGUAACCACAAAAUGUCCUGUCACUUAUAUCACAACUGGUUAGGAUAAAAUUGCUAAUUUACACUACCAUUCAAGUGUUUGGAGAUGGUAAGAUUUUAUGUUUUUGAAAGAAGUCUCUUCUGCUCACCAAGGCUGCAUUUAUUUGAUCAAAAAUACAGUAAAAACAGUAAUAUUAUUACAAUUUUAAAAACAGUUUACUAUUUUAAUAUAUUUUGAAAUGUAAUUUAUUCCUGUGAUGGCAAAGCUGAAUUUUCAGCCUCAUUACUCCAGUCUUCAGUGUCACAUGAUCCUUCAGAAAUCAUUCUAAUAUGCUGAUUUGCUGCCCAAGAAACAUUUCUUCUUAUUAUUAUCAAUAUGUUGUUAAACACUUGUGCUGCUUAAUAGUUUUAUGGAAACAGUGAUACAUUUUUUUUCAGGAUUCUGUAAUGAAUAGAAAGUUUUACUCUCACUUUACAUCAAUUUAAUGCAUCCUUGCUGAAUAAAAGUAUUAAUUUAUAUUAAAAAAACAUCUAACUGACCCCAAACUUUUAAACAUGGAUUAAGCUUCAAGUUUUUUAGUUAUUUAGCCAAUUGCAAACAUAAACACGUCUUUAAUUUUAUAUAUAUAGUCUUAUAUUUAAAAGCCAUGUCGCAUCACUGCCACUUUAUGCUAACUGUACCAUAUUUACCAUAUUUGUACAUCUCAAGGGUUUUAAUAUGCAUAGAAUUUCACAUCACUCAUUUUUAUUAGCAUAACUGUAUAUAUUUUAUUAGAGGAUACGACAACUUGUCUUAUUUUAUAUAUUUAAUUAUGCAUUCCAGACAGAUACAAGAUGAUUGGAAAUGUUGAAAGGGAAUAACAUAAACACGCUGUUCUCUUUGCAAGGAAUUUAUUUAUUUUGUACAAAAAUAUGAGACAUGCUUGAUAGGAAAAUAUGUAAUAGUAACUUAAACUCUUGAAUUCAGUACAAUGUGAAUUAUUUCUGACACAAUAUCUGUUGCCAAGUGAUCAUGAUGCUUUUCUUAUGUGUGAACACUUCACCCAAUGACAUGCAUUUGACAAAAGAUGAAAUGUUAUGAUGUGCAGAUGUUAGAAUAUUUCAGAUUCUGUAUAAGCUGUCAGUCAAACAAGAUGUGUCAUACUGCCAAACAUAAACAACAGUAUUUCAACUUUAUAUCAACUACAAACAAAAUUUAAGGAGAGUCGGGAAACCAUUUUUACAAUAAAGAACGCAAAUUGCAAAAA